GCCAUUGUUGACAGGUAUGAUAGCAAAGCGGCUACCUUUCCUUUGAGCUAGUUAACUCAGUUAAUUAUUUAGGAAGAAAACUGAUGUCCGGAAUGAUUAGAGAGAUAUUUUGAUAGACCUAAUUAUCCCGAAAGUGGGAUUUAUCACAACCUCGAGUCGUAGGAGUCUCUUACUGAAGAGGAAGUUUGACAGAACAACGAGAGAACACAUGUCGUCUGCUGCAGAAACUGUGGAAAAUGCCUCUAUCAUUUCAGAGAGCACGGCGCAUGACGGAAAUCGUUUGUGGAUAGGCAACAUCGACCCCAAAAUCACAGAGUAUCAUCUGGUGAAGUUGUUGGAAAAGUUUGGCAAAGUUAAACAGUUUGAUUUCCUGUUUCAUAAGUCUGGACCUUUGGAGGGGCAGCCUCGGGGGUACUGCUUUGUCAACUUCAGCACCAGAGAGGAGGCGGAGAGGGCGAUCCAGUGUUUGAACGGGAAGCUGGCUCUGUCCAAGAAGCUGGUGGUGCGCUGGGCUCACGCUCAGGUGAGGCACGAGCGCGAAGAUACGAGCCAUCGAGGCCAAGCUUCAGAUGAUGGAGGAGAAUCCAGAUGAUAGCUACUCGGGCCCGUCAGCCUAUGUUUACAACAAACCGCCUGAGAGGAAGCGCUGGGAGCCUUACUCCAAAUCGCACCACAGUAACCAGAGCAGACCUUUCCGCAAGUUUAGGAGAUGACCCAUCCUUCCUCCUUAAUCUGGAGUCCUCCCAGCCCCCAUUUACUGCUCCUCAGCCCUCCAUCUGCACACAGACGAAUGUCCAGCUCGACACGCCCUAAAUAAGAUGUUGAAGUUUGAAGCAGGUGAGAGACAGCAGGACUGGAACAGGAACCAAGGUGAAGAACUGAAAGUGGUUUUCGUCGUUGCUGUCGGAGGCCACAGUGUCAGGUUUUAAGUGACUUUGGCUGCAGUGAAAGUUGUUUUUUCUCCUGUCAGUCGUGCAGAUUAAGUGACACAAUAACACGAGUGAAGUGUUGUUCUGGACUCUGAAUGCUCAUUCCACUGUUUGUUUGUUUCACGUCAGCUUUUAUUUCAGAUUGUGUUAUCUGAACAAUAAAUUUGUGAUUCUUUGUUUUGGUUGCUUUUGUUUUGGAGGCUUUGCUGUUCUGUUUGGCAUUAUUUGGAAAACUUGUCAUUAAUUUAAAGUAAGACGCCACACCGCAACACAUAUUGUUAGCUGCUAAAGUGUGUGUAAGAGAGUAUGUCUUAUUUUGUUUAGUUUUAAACCCAGGUUUUAUAUAAAAAGACAAAACUUUUUACAGA